UGCAAUUUGAGUUUCAGUUAUUUUAUUAUUUGUCUUUGCUCUUUCACAACGUUUGUAAUUUCGUCAAAAUUUCUGGAUUGGAGGCAAUUUUGUCAACUUUAUUAUAAUAGUACCAUCAAAUUCAAGUUUAGUGAGGGAAAUCCAACACAACGUUGGUACACAAAAAGGAUCGUAGGCAAGAAUAUCGAUUGGUAAAGCUCGACAUUGCAUAAAUCAUGACCAACUAUGGAGGCAGCCGUCAGCUGAGCACACGCAGCUCGGACAUCGACGCCCUGGCCCAGCGUGGCUAUAAUAUUGGCCACAAGAUUGGCGAGGGCUCCUAUGCGACUGUAAUCACCGCCGGCUAUGCGGAUGAAAGCGGUCAUGGCGUUAAUUUGGCUUGCAAGAUCAUCGAUAAGGCCAAGGCCCCCACCGACUUUGUGCACAAGUUCUUUCCACGCGAACUGGAGAUAUUGACAAAACUGGAUCAUCCCAAUAUCAUACAGAUACACAGCAUUUUGCAACGCGGCCCCAAGAUCUUCAUAUUCAUGCGUUACGCCGAAAAGGGUGAUCUAUUGACGCACAUCAAGAAGUCGGGCCCCAUCGAUGAGAAACAGUCGAAGGUCUGGUUCUUUCAAAUGGCGAAAGCUCUCAAGUAUCUGCACACCCAUGACAUUGCCCAUCGGGAUCUCAAAUGCGAGAAUAUAUUGCUAUCGAAGCGCCUUAAUGUCAAAUUAGCCGAUUUUGGCUUUGCCAGAUAUUGCCGAGACGAGACCGGACAUCAAUUGAAAUCGGAAACAUAUUGCGGGUCUGCCGCUUAUGCUGCACCAGAGGUUGUCUGUGGUGUGCCAUACGAUCCAAAGUUGGCUGACGCUUGGUCGCUGGGCGUUAUAUUGUUUAUAAUGAUGAACGCCAAGAUGCCUUUCGAUGAUAGCAAUCUGACCAAACUGCUCGAGGAUCAACGUCGCAAGAAAUUUGCCUUCCGUCGCAAGCUACAGGAUGUAAUAUCGCCGCACGCCAAGGCGACGGUGUCUGUGCUGCUGGAACCAGAUGCAGCGACUCGCUGGGAUCUACGUGAAAUACUUAACUGCAGCUGGCUGAGCUCUGUGGAGGACCCGCGUCCGUCGGCCUCCAACUGAAUGAAGAUAUGGUCAUAUAUAUACAUAUAUAUUUUUUGAAUUGGAAUCAGAGCAUACUCUUAAGUAUUCAACAGAAAGUCAGGUGUGAGCUAUUCCAUUUACGCAACUAUGUGAUGUACAUAUGUGUGUGUAUAUAUAUGUGUAUGUUUUAUACUAUAACUCUAUAUAUAUAUAUAUGUAUAUGUAUCUAUACAUAUUCAUAGUUAGUUAAAUUGUUAGGUAUACCCCCUACACUACUUACACUAAAUGAGGAAUAAAUGAAAAAUUGUCAAGCGUUUUGGUGCCUUUUGUUGCUGUUCCUACAGCAGCCACGCCUCCUCAUAUAUUUUGUUCAACUUCAACUAAAACAAAAGUGCAUCGAAGCCUGACCCUGACCACAGACGCUGUCAUAAUCGUUCAAGAAAAACAACUAUAAAACUGCAUUAACUGAAUUUUCUCCCAUUUGGUGAAGCGAGACCAAGCCAGGCUAGCCGUAGAGAUGGCCCUAAGCUGUUGGCCUUAUGUUGA